UAAUACAAGAUGAUUGGCAAUAAAGUACUAAAGUGAAGGUGGAGACGGUUCCCUGGAGGGAGAUAUUAAUGUGCGCGAGAGUGGUUGAAAAAAACUUCAUGGAGCUGGUGAGACUAGAAGAGUAAACUGAAAAUUAAAGAGACGAUUCAGAGACAGUGCUAAGAAAAAGGAGAUCAUUCCAGGCAAGGAGGAACUGAAGGGAAAGGGGGACAAAUAAUUGUUUCUCCCUCAAUCUAGAACUUUGCAACAGACAAAUAGAUGUAUUAGCAACAUAAACCUCACAGUCUGGGUGUGGACAUAAUCGGUAUCCUGACGGCACCCAAACACGAGUGACUUGGCAAUGCAUGUGGAAGGGUUGGGCAAAAACAAAAACUGAUCAAGGCUUUCUGAGGUUGCUGUGCUUUGUGGUAAAGAUAAUAGGAUCCUAAUGAUAAUUGGUCCCUGUGCCAUGGGACUGAAAAGGGAAAUAAACAAACACUGGAAAACUACCGAGUUACGAACGCUGCACAUAGUACCAUGGUGCAUCAGUAUCAGGAAAUGCUGGGCUGCCAUUAGCAGGGAUGUUUGCAGAGUUUCAGUGGCAUCGGAAAAUGUUUAAGACACAGUAAGAGAAAAAGAAAAGUGAAAGCAUAUGUAUACAGUAUGAUCUCAACUAUACAGGAAAUACAUAGAAAAAAAUUACUGAAACAUAUAUGACCCUCAAUUUAGGAAAUUAAGUGAAUGAUAGUCAUCCAAUGCAUGGUAUAGAUCCGGUGUCAUAGAUUUAGGGUUUUUUUCCUGGAAAUCCAUUAUAUACCACCAAAAUACCCAAUUUAGUCACAAAAAUAAGUGAAAAAACCUACACAGAUAUGCCAUUACAAGCAUUAAGAACAUAAGAGCAGCAUUUCAUAUGAAAGUUACCUCACAAUUGUUCCUUUUAGGGAUUUUUCUCCAUGGGCUGGCAAAGCUUCUUAAACUGGCAAUACUGCUGAAAAUAUAAAUAUUUUUAAUUUUUCAUGAAUAUGCAUUCUUUUUUUCCUUUCCUUUUUCAUUUUCCUUUGCAUUUCUGUGCUGAAUAUGCAAGUCAGCUUUCCUUCUGAGUUUUCCUGUAGCAAACAUAGUCAUUCUUGUCUGAAUGAAGAACCUUAGAACUGAGUUCAAUAUUAGGGUCAUCUGUCUCAGAAAUUUUGACUGCAUGAACACAUCCAGAAGUCUGAAUGGUGAACCCACUGUGGCAAUUCCAAUAAUGAUACCUUUUGCCAUAUUAUUAUAAGCAAAGUGGUAAUCCAAGACACUGCCAACUUGUUAGUGCUGGCUUAAACCUCCACAAGACAUGAGCUCAGGCACUGGUUACAGCUUAAGUCUUCUAAGUACUGGUAUGAGUCAUUGCUGGGGUCAUUGUUGGCCAUUUAUAAUGAGAAAGACAAAGGAGGGGGUCCCAUUAUGUGAUAAAAUGCUAACAGUGGCUCAAUAGACAUCCACAUAAAAAUGUAAGCUCCUAUUGGAUAUCCACAUGCAAAAGAAGGAAGUUGGACCUUUACCUUACAUUAUACUCACCAAAAUGAAUCACCAACGUAAACAUAAGAAAUAAAGCUGUAGGAGAGGCGAGCAGCGCUGGUGCUGGGCUUCUUCUCCUGAAGGGGCUGCAAGAGGGAAGACUUAGCCAUGUCAUCCUUGAUCAAAAGAGUGAUCAGCACUGCAAAAGCUCCAGGGGCCAUUGGACCCUACAGUCAAGCUGUGUUAGUCAACAGGACCAUUUACAUUUCAAGACAGAUAGGCAUGGACCCUUCAAGUGGACAGCUUGUGUCAGGAGGGAUAGCAGAAGAAGCUAAACAAGCUCUUAAAAACAUGGGUGAAAUUCUGAAAGCUGCAGGCUAUGACUUCACUAAUGUGAAAACAGCUGUUCUUCUGGCUGACAUAAAUGACUUCAAUACUGUCAAUGAAGUCUACAAACAGUAUUUCAAGAGUAAUUUUCCUGCCAGAGCUGCUUACCAAGUUGCUGCUUUGCCCAAAGGUAGCCGAAUUGAAAGUGAAGCAGUAGCUGUCCAAGCACCGCUGACAACAGCAUCACUAUAAGUGGGCCAGUGCUUUGUAGUCUGGAAUUGUCAACAUUUUAAUAUCUACAACUGAUGUAACAUCUUAAUUAACCUUUUAAUUUUCACAGUUGAUGACAGUGUGAGCUUGAUGAAAGUAUCUGAAGUUAUUAUGGAAAUACCAUAUAAUAGGGAGAGUUAAACGUGAAUUGAAGAUUAGAGAAGGAAUCCGGUUACUGUUUUACAUUACACCUGUAUUACUGAAUAUAGGAAAGAGAUACCCAUUACGUAGUUACUUAAUAAAUAAAAGAGAAAUAACAGGUGGGAAAGAAGAGUAAUUAUUCCUGAGAAAUAAUCAAGAACAUACCUAAUUCAAACUAAUGAUGUGAAUGAUUUAGUUUUCAUAUCAGGUAUGUGAUUCUGCUUCUACUUGAGUAAAAUUUAAGUGUUUAAAUUUGAGGUUAAGGAGAAGAAAGUGGACCAAAAUUUAAUAUGGAUAAUAUUUUUCUAAUGGAAAUAAAACAGACUUGCAGAUUUCAAAAAAAAAAAAAAAAAGAAAAAAGAAAGAAAGAAAGAAAAAGAAAUAAAGCUGUAAAACUCUUAGAAGAAAACAUAGACCAAACGCCUCAUGACACUGGAUUUAACAGUGAUUUCUUGAAUGUGACACCACAAGCACAAGCCACAAAAGGAAAAAUAGAGAAAUUGCACUUCAUCAAAAUUAAAAACUUCUGUGCAUCAAAGGACACUAUAAACAGAAUGAAAAGCAACCCAUGGAAAGGGAGAAAAUAUUAGCAGAUUUAUACCUAAUAAAGAAUUAAUAUCAAGAAUGUUCAGAACUAUAACUCAAUAACAAAAACUAAUUUGAAAGUGGCCAAAGGACUUGAAUAGACAUUUCUUUUUUGUUGUUUUAUUUCAAUAGG